AUGUUGUCCAAGGCUGGUAGAGAGGUAUUGAUCAAGGCAACUCUUGCCUCUAUUCCCAGUUAUGCUCUUCAAUGUUUUAAGUUAACUGCAUCGGUAUGUAAUAAGCUAACUAGUAAGAUGUCUGCCUUCUGGUGGUCUAGAAAGGAGGACAAUGACAAGAUUCGAUGGGUUAAAUGGGAGAAAUUGUGUGUCCAUAAGAAUGAUGGUGGAUUGGGAUUCAAAAUUUUGGUUGCUUUCAACAUUGCCUUAUUAGCAAAACUGGGUUGGAGGUUGGUUGUGGGAGAGGAAUACUUGUUUUACAAGAUUUAUAAAUCAAAGUAUUUCCCAUACUGUGAUUUCUUAAAGCUAGUUGUGGAUCAAGAAGCUCCUGGAUUUGGAGAAGUAUCUCAACCUCUAAAGAUUUAA